AUGUCCCAGUUGUCGUCUGAGGAUGAAGCAGAGCUUCAGUCCCUCCUCAAACAGCUCCUGGGAAGCAUCAACGACAAAAUUUCUUGCGCCUCGUCGACCGAAUGUGCCGAAGAGAUCCUUCUCCACCUGGAGGAGACCGACAAGAACUUCCACAAAUACAUGGAGGAGGUUAUAGAGAGCACCUUUUCCCUGUUGUGCUUCCACCAUGAACAGAGCUCAUCAGAAACCGAGAAAAUCCUCGAACCGAUCCACUUACUGGCCCUGCUGGACAUUAAAGCCACCUGGUUUAAUAAAUGGACGCAUGGUUACUACAGCAGGACGGUGGUUCUCAGGCUCCUGGAGAGAAAAUACAAAUCUUUGCAGCUCUUCAGCAGUGUGUCUGUUACAGUGAGUCCUGUGAACGUGUUAGCAGUGAGCCUAACCCCGAUCCUCACCCAGGGGAGACGAGAGACACCGAUGAUGGAGAGCUUAAAGAACAGCAUGACUGUGGUUGUAGAGUCUUUAAUCAACAAAUUUGAGGAGGACCAGCAGAGGAAGGAGAUGAACAGAGAGAGGGAAUACGGCCAGUCCAACAGUCAGUUCACCGACAACUGCUCUGACAGCGACUCCUCCUUCAAUCAGAGUUAUGCUUUCAUCAGACAAGAGCAGCUGCAGGUUCUGGCAGAAAAACUUGACUCUAACAAGCCCAAAGAGGUGCGUAGGGAUGCCCUCCGGGUUCUCUGUGGGGCCCCCCCGUCGGACGUCCUGAGCUGUGAGAGCUGGAGCACCCUGAGGAGGAACCUGUGUGCAGCCCUGAACGAGCCCCACCUCAACGAGAAUGUGCUGCAGUUCUUUGCUAAAAGCUUCUCCUCUUCUCCUCUGAACGUGACACGGGAGAUCUACACCAGCUUGGCUCAAAGUGUGGAGUCAAGUUUUCGGACCCUCAGGCUGAGCUUCCCCAUUGGCUCAGCCACCAUAGACACACACAGACCUGAAGUCACCCGUCUUCUUAAACAGAUUCGAUUGAUGAACGACUUCCAGAAGGAAGUGACCACCUACUGGAUUCGCCAUCCAGAGAAAUACAUGGAGGAGGUUAUAGAGAGCACCUUCUCCCUGUUGUGCUUCCACCAUGAACAGAGCGCAUCAGAAACCGAGAAAAUCCUCGAACCGAUCCACUUACUGGCCCUGCUGGACAUCAAAGCUACCUGGUUCAAUAAGUGGACGCAUGGUUACUACAGCAGGACGGUGGUUCUCAGGCUCCUGGAGAGAAAAUACAAAUCUUUGAUCGUAGCAGCUCUUCAGCAGUGUGUCUGUUAUAGUGAGUCCUGUGAACGUGUUAGCAGUGAGCCUAACCCCGAUCCUCAUCCAGGGGAGACGAGAGACGCCGGUUCAUUGCAGAGGAGCGUUUACUCCGGAAAGGAGCUUGAAUAUUCUUCCUUUGUCCACUCUUUGUGUAUUCUUGGGAAAUUAAUCAUCUACACCCAUGGAAGAAAGCUCUUUCCCAUCAAAAUGAGGAAACGCAGAGAUCCGGUCGAUCUGACGGACCUGGUGGUCAUCCUGAUUACCAUCAUGUAUCGACACCCCAACCCUCCUGGCAGUGACCCCUCCCUCACAGACUCCCUGUCUCCCAGCUCUCUGGUGAUGGAGGUGCUCUGCACGCUGUGCGACUGGGACCAGUGCGCCGCCGAAUGUCUCCACCAGGCUUCCGUAGUGGAGGCCCUGCUGGCUCCCAUCACAGCGCUGCUCAGUGGACAGCAGGUCAAACUGAAGUCUCCCGUAUCGACUCUGACUCUAGUCGCUGACGUCCUGGCUCGCAUUGCAAACACCGACCGAGGUCUGGCUCUGUUCUUAUAUGAGAAAAACCUCAUCGGGGCCCAAGGCGAGAGAACCUCUGCUGCUCACGUCAUCGUCCAGUUCACCCUGAGGCUGCUGGACGAAGCUCUGCCCCCGCUGAGCCAGUCCCAGGCUCUGUGUGGAGCUUUCAUCUUCGUGUGUCGACAGAUAUACAACACCUGCGAGGGCCUGCAGGUCCUGAGACCCUACGGCCUGCACGAGGCCAUAGCUGCCGCAUGGAGAAAGGUCGGCUCUGUUUCAGAAAGGGGGCCAACUCCAGUUAAAGGGUCCACCCAGGAGACAACAGACCUGCGGGUCUGGGAGGAGACGUUACUGGACAGCCUUCUGAACUUUGCUGCCACGCCCAGAGGCCUAACUCUGCUCCACCAGACCGGAGCCCUCCCCCACUGCGUCUCCCACAUGUUCUCCCGCCUCACCAAAAAACUACAGGUAAUCAGUUUCGUGCGGACGCUGGUGGCAGAGCUGUGGUCUGCUGUGGAGUGUGGAAGUGAUGAUGUCAGAGUGGUCCAACCCAGACCGACCCCCAUGGACCCCAUGGACAGGAGCUGCCUAAAGCCCUUCUUGUCUUUGGUCAACCUCCUGUCCUCUUCCCAAUCCGUGGUGGAGCUUUUGGGCCUACAGCCCUUAGCCAAUAAGAGCGCGUACAGCCUGAGGGAAACUCCAACCUCCAUCCCUGAUCUGAUCGACAGGCUGAUCGCUGUGAAUUCAGAUGUGAAGAUCCAUUCCCUGUUCCACUAUGAGCAGUCUCACACGUUCGGCCUGAGGUGA